AUGAAGGAGGUGGCCAAGAACGAAGGGGCCACCGAGGAGGACGACAUCGAUGUGGAGCUGCGCCUGUCGCGCUUCGAAUACCUCAUGGAGAGGCGUCUGCAGCUGCUGAACUGUGUCCUGCUGCGCCAGAAUCCGCACAACGUUCACGAGUGGCACAAGCGGGUCAACCUGUACGAGGACAAGCCCACGGAGAUCAUCAACACCUACACCGAGGCCGUGCAGACAGUCCAGCCCAAGCUGGCGGUGGGAAAGCAGCACACCCUCUGGGUGGAGUUUGCCAAGUUCUACGAGUCCAAUGGCCAGAUACAUUUACGGAAUUCACUCGCCUUUGUCAAUCUUUUGGCUUCUAUUGUCUCCUUGCCCCCCCUGGUCAUCGGUCUUUUGGCCUUUGUUGGGGCAGCAGAGCCCUUUUGCGAGGCCAGCUUUGCGCAGUUCGAGGAGCUGUCGUUGAACAAGCGCAUGAAGGAGGUGGCCAAGAACGAAGGGGCCACCGAGGAGUACGACAUCGAUGUGGAGCUGCGCCUGUCGCGCUUCGAAUACCUCAUGGAGAGGCGUCUGCAGCUGCUGAACUGUGUCCUGCUGCGCCAGAAUCCGCACAACGUUCACGAGUGGCACAAGCGGGUCAACCUGUACGAGGACAAGCCCACGGAGAUCAUCAACACCUACACCGAGGCCGUGCAGACAGUCCAGCCCAAGCUGGCGGUGGGAAAGCAGCACACCCUCUGGGUGGAGUUUGCCAAGUUCUACGAGUCCAAUGGCCAGGUGGAGGACGCCCGCGUGGUCUUCGAGCGGGGCACCGAGGUGGAGUACGUCAAGGUGGAGGAUCUGGCCGCCGUGUGGUGCGAGUGGGCGGAGAUGGAGCUGCGUCAGCAGCAGUUCGAGGCAGCCCUCAGGCUGAUGCAACGUGCCACGGCCAUGCCCAAGCGGAAGGUGGCGUAUCACGACGACUCGGAGACAGUGCAGUCGCGCCUCCACAGAUCCCUGAAGGUGUGGUCCAUGUACGCCGUUCUGGAGGAGUCCUUUGGCACCUUCAAGACCUGCAAGGCCGUCUACGAGCGCAUCAUCGACCUGAAGAUCUGCACGCCGCAGGUGAUCAUCAACUAUGGCAUGUUCCUCGAAGAGCACAACUACUUCGAGGAGGCCUAUCGGGCCUACGAGAAGGGCAUUGCCCUGUUUAAGUGGCCGAAUGUGUACGACAUCUGGAACUCGUAUCUAAGCAAGUUCCUCGCGCGCUACGGGGGCACAAAGCUGGAGCGGGCGCGCGACCUCUUCGAACAGUGCCUGGAUCAGUGUCCCGCUGAGCAUGCCAAGUACUUUUACCUGCUCUACGCGAAGCUGGAGGAGGAGCACGGCCUGGCCCGGCAUGCCAUGUCCGUCUACGAUCGCGCCACGUCCGCCGUCAAGGAAGAGGAGAUGUUCGGCCUGCCACGCACCAGGGAGAUCUACGAGAAGGCCAUCGAGGCUCUGCCCGAGCAGCAUAUGCGCCACAUGUGCGUCAAAUUCGCCGAGCUGGAGACAAAGCUGGGCGAGGUGGAUCGAGCCAGGGCCAUCUACGCCCAUUGCUCACAGGUGUGCGAUCCCCGCAUCACGGCGGACUUCUGGCAGACCUGGAAGGAGUUCGAGGUGCGUCAUGGCAACGAGGAUACGAUGCGUGAAAUGCUGCGGAUCAAGCGUUCCAUUCAGGCCACCUACAACACUCAGGUCAACAUGAUGGCUGCCCAGUUUGUCAACACGAACACGAAUGGUGUGGCUGCCGAUGCUGGUGCUGGCUCCGGACCGGAUGCCAUGCGGCUGCUCGAGGAGAAGGCCCGCCAGGCGGCGGCCGAGGCCAAGCAGAAGCCCGCCGAGAAGGCUGCCUCCAAUAUCAUGUUUGUGCGCGGCGAGACCCAGUGCGGGGCCAAGAGCAAGGAAAAUACAGUUGUCAAUCCGGAUGAGAUUGAUUUUGGCGACAGCGAGGACGACGACGACGAUGAGGAGGAGGACCCGCAGCAGCCUAGUGGAGACCAGGACGAGGCAGGCCAGGCCACAACCAAAACCGAUGACGAGGGCCUCAUCAUGAAGAAACUGCGCUUCGAACAAAAGGCCAUACCGGCCAAGGUCUUUGGCAGCCUCAAGCCGACAAAUCAAUCCGAUUCCGAUGAGGGAUAAAUCUUUUGUUUCUUUUGAUUACGCGAAAUAUAAAUGUAUGUCUGUGGAAUACUUCCCUCGA